AUGAUCCUGGCCAUGUUGUCUUCCAUGUAUUUUUCUAUUUGCCUGAGGUGGAUACAAAUUUUGAAGGUGAAUGGGAUAAGAAGUUUCCGUUAUUACCGAUUUUCAGUGGAAGGGAUUCGAUCACGAGGAAACUCGACGUAUGCUCACGCACAAACCUUUGGAAUUCUCAAGGACGGAGUCGACGUCAGGAAUUCACUGUGGCAAAAGUCGGUGAGGCACAACAUGACAUGGCAACCGGAUGGUAGCAUCCUCCUCUCCUUCGAGCAACCUGUACAAGCAAAUGGCUUCUACUUCAUGACAGAAUCCACAAAUCCGGAGCUAGAUCCCGUGCUGUUCCAUGUUACCGCAUCGGAUGACCGGUUGCGAUGGGAAACCUUUGGGUCCUCGUCGUUCUCCUUCGACUGGUUGAUUUCAUAUCACGACACCAGGAGGAUUUUCAUUCUUUCUGAUGAAAGUUACCCAACAACCUUCAUGAGAAACGAAGUCGAAGUCUUUGACAUGAGUGCUCCGCGUCUGAAAACUUGCCUGUUGAUAACUAUCAAUCUCAUCAGAACAUUCACGUUCGGUCUUCCAGCCUUUCUUGGACUCUCAAAACAAGAGUUUGUUGCCAAAAGAGUGCUGCAGAGUGGAAUGAUCAUUGCAGGGUGUGUCAAGACUGUACUUGCUAUCUACGAUCCAUACAACCGUGGCUCGAUCUUGCUUCACAUCAUCCUCACGGUGUUCAUGGCGCUGAGCAUCCAGCUGUUCGAUGAUGAUCGAACUUUCUGGGGAAGUCUCUUGGUAUUGUACAGUGCUUGGGCGAUCAUCGGGAUGAGGCUUGCGAACAAUGUGAACAUCAUUUAUGCUGUUUCAGUUUGCUCUGUGAGCGCGUUGAUCUUGGUCUACCGUAGCCGGAUCGCAGCGGAAAUACGCAAGCUUGCCCUCACAGACAAGAACGCUUAUGAUUCAGCUUGGCUUUCCAUGAGCAGUUUGAGUGAGAAUGCACGCCUCAUCGACCUGUUGAGGGAGGAGCUAAAUGAGUUUCCGAUUCCCCUCCGGAGUGAAGCCAGGCACUACGAAGAGUGUACCUGUAGAAUGGGGCUUGGAUCAGAAUCAAGUUUUUCUGACGAGAGAGGAACACCGAAGGGAUCUUGCUAUCAACAAUUGAAAAGGUGGUGUCGUUUAAGAUCGCCCGUAAGCUCGCUGGACCGCCUGUACGCGCAGGCUGCUUGUGUGCAAUGCCUUCUGCAUGACAAGAUUAGCCAAAGAGAGCCAGGCGGCCUGCUCCUGGCAGGGGCAACCCUCAAGUCUUCUGAGCAAGCCAUAGAGAAAGCACUUCGUUGCUACAAAGGAGAUGGCUCUCGCGUCGUUGACAUUUGCCGCCAGAGGCUCGUGGUGGAUUCCAUGGACCAUCUGUUGAAACUGGUUCAGCUUAUCAAAGAUGAUGAUGCACUGCACAUCGUGAGGGUGAAGGAUAGGAUGACGCUUCCCUUCAACCAUCCCAGCAUGCAAGAAAGCUGUGGUUUCAGAGCCGUGCUCUUGAACUUUCAUUUCCUCACAGAUGAAGCCUUGUCCUUCGGGCUGGCAGGGCACAUUUGUGAAGUACAGCUAACGUUGAAGGAAUUCGCUGCGCUCUGUUCAGCUGAAUCGCACCAACGCUACAAGCGCUAUAGAUACUUGAUCCGACACUGA